AUGAUUCAGUUUAAAGGAAUAGUACCUAUCAAUGAAAAAGGAGAUAUAGAACAAUUUAUAGCAUCAGCACCUCUAUUCAACCUAUUCUCUUUUAAUGAUAUAUUGGAGAGGAACUAUCCUGAUUGGAUACAACAACGUAUCACUUUAAAAGAUAGAGAUGAUAAAAGUAACAUUACAACUGCUUUGUUGAUGUAUUCCAAACUAAAGUCAUUAAAGUUACUCUAUGAAACGAUACCAUCAAUCGAGACACUAUUCAUCAUUCAACAUCAAAGUGAAGGGGAGGUGGUGGAUCUUGACUCGAUCUCACAGUACUUGCCAAAUCUUCAAAGUCUGUCAGUUCGUACAGACGAGCUGAUUCUUGGUCCUCACUCAACACUCAAGUCACUAAAACUAGAUAUCACCACCAGAUGCUCACUCGUCGACUUGGGUCUCACCAAAUUCAUAUCGUUGACGGAUCUGAGUUUCAAAGGUAGUUUUUUGACCAAUAUAGGACCAGGUCUCUUUCCAAGUAGUCUUACGUCUCUCACUGUUAGAUUGACAGAGGUACCCCCACGAGAUACAUUCCUUUCAUUGACAUCAUUAGUCAAACUCAAGAUUGGCCUGAAGGAAGAUAUAGAGGUGGAAGACCAACCACACAUCGAUCUCGAUAGUCUACUAAACCUCAAGGUACUCGUAUUCAAUUUUGACUAUUUCCUGAUACAAAUAGAUGAGGACAUUAACUGUAGCAUCGAGAUAAGUGUUCCUCCUUCACUCAAGAUUCUUACCAUUUGGUCUUCAUCUGUAGUUAUCCCGUCACGAUGUUCCAUGCCACUGUUGGAGAAAUUUUAUGUGUAUCAAAGCAUAUUGGUUACUGGAAGAAUCAAUUUAUCACAGUGUCCAUCAAUCAUGAAACUCUUUAUUUAUCAAUGCACUGAACCCGUCAUCAUCCCAUCAACUAUUAAAAAGCUUACAAUCGAUAAAGACACUUUAAAAAGAAAAAUACUUGGUCAAAUUAAAUUUCCACCAUUGCUUACUCAUCUAUCCAUCAAAGGACAGCAUUGUGAGUCUGUUGUGUUCCCACAAUCGCUUGUCAAAUUAAAACAAACAUUCAACAGUCAAUCUCAACUCUUUAAUCUUCCCCAAAAUUUGAAAAAACUGACUUGGGAAGUGGAUUGGGAAACCAGUCUCCCAAAAUUAUUCUCAUCCGGUCAUCCUCUUCCACCUAAUCUUGAAACACUUAAAGUGAUAACUAUUGAUGAUAAUUCUUUGAUCAAAGUUCCACCACCCACCAAAUAUCUAUCAAUUUUUCUGGACCAAAAUCUGUCUCCAGAAAACCUUCCAAUCUAUCGAAUCGGCUCGAGGAUAUUUAAAAUUAUCAACCAACCACAAUGGCUACCACUCAAUACCACUCAUCUAACUUGUUACCUAAGGGAAUCAAAGAUAGCCCCAAAAACAAUCUUUAGAUUGGAUGAAGUGAUCAAUCACACCAAUGUUAGAUAUCUAACUCUUCAUUUUUCUCAAACAACCUAUCAAUUUUCAAUUCAAAGAUUAGACUCUGACAAUCUAAAUGAUGGUCUCCAAUUUCUUUGGCAUGGAGUUUUGAAAUUAGAAAAGAUGUGA